AUGUACAAUCUGAUGAGGAACCGCAAAGACGUUGCUGGACCAAUCGAUUUAAGAAUGGAGCUGACCAAAGCAUCCCUUCUCCUCAUCUCUUUAUGCUUCUGGAUUGAACUAGGUUUGUCCAGUGAUAAGUCUUCAAAGAAAGGAAAGUCAAAGAAGAAGCAACAUCUGUGCCCAUCUGAGCAGUCUGCUGAAGACCUUGCACGAGUACCUGCAAAUUCCACCAGCAACAUCCUCAACAGAUUACUGGUCUCCUAUGAUCCAAGAAUACGGCCAAAUUUCAAAGAUAUUCCAGUUGAUGUACAAAUAAAUAUUUUCAUUAACAGCUUUGGGUCGAUACAUGAAACAACUAUGGACUACAGAGUCAAUAUAUUCCUGAGACAGAAAUGGAAUGAUCCUCGACUUAAACUGCCAACAGAUUUUAAAGGUUCGGAUACACUGACCGUGGAUCCCAAAAUGUUCAAAUGUUUGUGGAAACCAGAUUUGUUUUUUGCAAAUGAAAAGAAUGCAAAUUUUCAUGAUGUAACGCAAGAUAACAUCCUUCUCUUUAUAUUCCGCAAUGGUGAUGUCCUGCUGAGCAUGAGGUUGUCAAUAACUCUUUCAUGCCCACUUGAUUUGACGCUGUUUCCCAUGGAUACACAACACUGCAAGAUUCAACUGGAAAGCUUUGGCUACACCACAGAUGAUCUUCGAUUCAUCUGGCAAUCUAAAGACCCUGUUCAGAUGGAGCAAAUUGCAUUGCCACAGUUUGAUAUUAAACAGGAAGAUAUUGAGUAUGGAAACUGCACAAAGUAUUAUAAGGGCACUGGAUAUUACACCUGUGUGGAAGUAAUAUUUACAUUAAGAAGACAAGUUGGAUAUUACAUGAUGGGAGUUUAUGCUCCAACUCUUCUGAUAGUUGUCCUAUCAUGGCUGUCAUUUUGGAUAAACCCUGAUGCAAGUGCUGCAAGAGUACCUUUAGGCAUCUUUUCAGUCCUCAACUUGUCUUCGGAGUGUAUGUCUCUUGCUGCAGAGCUGCCCAAGGUCUCCUAUGUGAAAGCUUUGGACAUCUGGUUGAUUGCUUGCCUCUUGUUUGGGUUUGCAUCCCUUGUAGAAUAUGCUGUUGUUCAGGUUUUAUUGAACAGUCCAAAAAAAGUUGAAGCUGAAAGAGCUCGAAUGCAAAAAAAACUGAAAGCCAAGGAGCAGGCGGAAGGAAAAGGAUGUGGAAACUGGGUCAAACCAUCGUCUAAGAAUACUGUAAAUGGAACAGGUACUCCCGUUCAUAUUAGCACAUUACAGGUUGCAGAGACAAGGUGCAAAAAGGUUUGUACCUCUAAAUCUGAUUUGAGAUCGAAUGACUUCAGCAUUGUUGGAAGCUUGCCACGUGACUUUGAAUUGUCUAACUAUGAUUGUUAUGGAAAACCUAUAGAAGUUAACAACAGUCUUGCAAAGCUUCAGUUAAAAAAUAAUAAGAAGCCUCCACCUCCUAAACCUGUCAUUCCAACCGAAGCAAAGCGGAUUGACCUCUAUGCAAGAGCUGUGUUUCCAUUCUGUUUUCUCUUCUUUAAUGUGAUAUAUUGGUCUGCCUAUCUAUGA